AGAUUGCAGCCGUCGUGGGGUGCUGUGCCAGGAUCUUAGGGGGCUCCAGGGAAGCCGGGUCUGGGGGUGGGUAAGCGCUAUGACUGCUCUCAGCCUAUGCGCUUGCGGCACCCGCGGGGGCCGCGGAUUGCUCCGCAGUCUGUGCGGGAGCUUCUGGGCGCUCCCGGGGGGCGUGGGGUCCCGAAGCUGGGGGCCCGGGCUGCCCCUGCAGCUGCACCGCCGGUUCCUGGGCGGCGGCAGCCCGGGCCUCUGGGCUGUCCGGAAAGGUGCUAGCAGCGCCGCCCCAGCGGUGCCACGGUCCCUCAGCAGCUACGCGAAGCUGUGCGAGCAGGCUAUCAGAGAGCCCCACGUAUUUUGGGGGCGCCUUGCCCGGGACACGCUGGUGUGGGACACUCCUUACCAUACUGUCGAGGACUGUGAUUUCAGCCAGGGCAAGAUCAGCUGGUUCCUGGGCGGCCAGCUGACCCUGUCAGUAAACUGCUUGGAUCGGCAUGUGCAGAAGUCCCCAGAUAGAAUUGCUUUGAUCUGGGAGAGGGAUGAACCUGGUACAGAAGUGAAAAUCACAUACAGGGAACUGCUGGAGACCACAUGCCGCCUGGCCAACACAUUAAAGAAGCAUGGAGUACGCCGAGGAGACAGGGUGGCCAUCUACAUGCCUGUGUCUCCACUGGCCGUGGCUGCCAUGUUGGCCUGUGCCCGAAUUGGGGCAGUUCACACAGUGGUCUUUGCUGGCUUUAGUGCUGAGUCCUUAGCUGGAAGAAUUAAUGAUGCAAAAUGCAAGUGGUCAUCACCUACAAACCAAGGAGUCCGGGGAGGACGAAUCAUCGAGCUGAAGAAGAAGUUGAUGGAAGCUGUGAAGAACUGUCCUACUGUCAAACAUGUCUUAGUAGCACAGAGAACAGACAACAAAAUCCACAUGGGGAGGCUAGAUGUCCCUCUUGAAGAAGAGAUGGCCAAGGAGAAUCCUGUUUGUGCUCCUGAAAUCAUGGACAGUGAAGACAUGCUUUUUAUGCUUUAAACUUCAGGGAGCACAGGCAAGCCAAAAGGGCUUGUCCAUACCCAAGCUGGGCUUUUGCUCUUUGCUGCUGUGACACACAAGCACGUGUUUGACUUCAAGCAAGGGGAUGUAUUUGGCUGUGUGGCAGACAUUGGAUGGAUUACAGGUCAUAGCUAUGUUGUGUAUGGUCCACUCUGCAAUGGAGCCACCAGUGUCCUAUUUGAAAGCACCCCAGUUUAUCCCAAUGCAGGUCGAUACUGGGAGACGAUACAAAGACUGAAAAUUAAUCAAUUCUAUGGUGCUCCUACUGCUAUACGAUUACUAUUGAAUUAUGGUGAUGAGUGGGUUAAAAAGUAUGACAGAUCAUCCUUAAGAACCUUGGGAUCAGUGGGAGAACCAAUUAACCAGGAGGCCUGGGAAUGGCUCUACAAAGUGGUGGGAGAUAGCAGGUGCACACUAGUAGACACCUGGUGGCAAACAGAAACAGGAGGCAUUUGUAUUGCUCCUCGGCCUUCUGAGGAGGGAGCUGAGAUCAUCCCUGGUAUGGCUAUGAGACCCUUUUUUGGAAUUACUCCAAUAUUAGUGGAUGAAAAGGGGAAAAUCAUAGAAGGAUAUGAUGUCUCUGGUGCUUUGUGCAUUACUCAGGCUUGGCCUGGCAUAGCAAGGACAAUAUAUGGAGAGCAUCAGAGAUUUGUUGAUGCAUACUUCAAACUUAUCCCAGGUUAUUAUUUCUCUGGAGAUGGUGCUCAUAGGACUGAGGAUGGAUAUUAUCAGAUAACUGGACGGAUGGAUGAUGUUAUCAACAUCAGUGGUCAUCGGCUAGGAACUGCAGAGAUUGAAGAUGCAAUGGCUAACCACCCUGCUGUGCCUGAAACAGCAGUGAUUGGCUAUCCUCAUGACAUAAAAGGAGAAGCUGCAUGUGCUUUCAUAGUACUGAAAGAUGACAUAGAUAAUUCAGACAUCAUAUUGAAUGAGCUCAAAUCGAUCGUUGCCACCAAGAUAGCCAAAUAUGCAGUGCCUGAUCAAAUUCUGGUGGUAAAACGUCUUCCAAAAACUCGGUCCGGAAAAGUCAUGAGGCGGCUCUUAAGGAAAAUAGUCACUGACCAUACUCAGGAUCUGGGAGAUAUUACUACUCUGGAGGACCCUUCAGUGAUUUCUGAAAUUGUAAAUGCCUACCAGAAACAUAAAGCCAAGAUAUCUGCCUCUUAAUAGAGAAGAGAUGUGCAUCAUCCUGGAAGUUCCAAAAACGUGUUUGGCCUAAACCAAAUGCAACAGUUCCUUAUUGUCUUUUCUCAGGACACAUUCCUGAAAUUGGUUUAUUUCCAAAUCAGGAAAGAGUUCUCUAGGAUCACCAUAGAAUCCAGUGAUCUUACAUAAAGCCUGUUAUAGUGUCAUUUCCCCCAUCCUUUUCUUCCCCUGGAAAAGGAACUAGGAAUGCAAUUAACAAGAAACAAAACCAAAGUUGAGAUAUGCUCAUCUUCAUGAAAAUGGAAACUAAUUUGAGUUUUUGGGGUGUUUUAUCAUGCUUAAAUAUUAGUGGCCCCUUGAGAUACAAAAGGGAAAAUGUUAAAAUGUGCCUUCUCAGAAGAUUUAAAACUAGAAGCAAUAAUAUUUUUUCCCAUGUGGUCCUAGGUAUAAUAUCGUAGAGUCUUUAUUUUUAUACUUUCUUAUUUGAGAACAGCAUUUAAACAGAGAAGUCUAAUGUAUGAAUUUAUUUGUAUACAUUUUAAUAACAUCAUUAUAGAGGAGAUAGCUGCAGUUAGAAAAAAAUUCAUUUCAAUUCUUGCAGCAUGUGAAUGGCAUGCUGAAAAAUAUAUUGAUUAACCAAUAGACUCAUUUUAAUUAUGUAUUGAUGCCUUUCAAACAUAUAGAAUGAUUUCAUUUUGCCUAUCAGGACUACAUCUCAUUAUACACAAAAACAAAAUUAAUUCCUAAAAGCUUGAUUAUAAGCUUGUUCACUCUUAAGUUCUGUCCAGUCAUUUUUUUUUAAGCAUUGUACUGGAUGGAUUUUUCUUUCCUCUAGAAUGCUUCUUGGUUACAGGUCAUUAGUGCUCUGAACUGUGGCCCUGCCAAAAGUAACCAAUGAAAGUUCAAAUAACCUAUUACAAUAAGCACUAAAGUUCUUGGAAGAACCUGUUGCAUUCUUGAAAAAUGUUUUUGGCUCUAUAUGAUUGGGGGAGGAGAGGAUGGAAAAUAGAGCCAGUUCAAGGCUCUAAAUCAGAAAUUAAAAACAAAACAGAACAAACACUCAACAGAAGUCUGUUAUAUAAAAGUGCCUUAAUGUUAAUCAAAUAGCUGGUAUUGACCUUAGCAGAGUGAACAAUUGUUGACUUAAUGGUGAACAUCUGGAAUAUUAUCAGUAAAUGUGGCUGACAUUAAUCAGCUAAUAUAGACAUUAAACAUUAGCUAUGUAUACAUGGUAAAUUUUAUUUUGUUCACUAUUAUGGCACUUAUAACACAAUCACUUAAAGAACAACAUACUUAGUAUUUUAAAUUCUUUUAUAUACUAACCAAGGCUCUAUUAUCUUGCUUGUUCCCCAUGCUGCCUAUAAAGAGUUGAUACCUAUGAAAAACCUCAAAAUGAGAUCAUAGGGCUUAUGGACUUAGAAUAAUUUACUUGAAAAUGAAUUAAAAUAAAAUAUAUUUUGUUUCCAGUUUACUGUGAUGACAUUGAUAAAAGAAUGUCAUUCUGUUCUGCUUGAUGUGAUACUAAGGACAAAUCAAAGUAUAGGCAUAAUUCACUAAGAAUAAAAGAAAGGAAACCUUUUGAAAAUUGCUUUGUACAGGGAAGAGAUGUACAGGCAGCCCACUGUUAUUCUGGAAACCUCAUCUGUCUGGAACACAACUGAGACCUGGGAAGUGAUAAAUGCUCAUUAAAGCCAAGUAAAAAAAAAAGUGGCCUGUAAGUCAACAAAAUUAAUAUCAAUAUUUGUGUAAUGAAGUUCAUUUACUUUACUCAUACAAGAAGCCCUCAGUCAGAGCCUCUUUAUUCUUCUUUUGUUCACAGAAUUUCGAAUGGUUUGUGUGGCAUAGUGGAGAGCAUGCUGGAUUUGGAGUUAGAGAUUCUAGGUUCAAAUCCUACCACUUUGUUGUAUCUAUGAAUUUAGGCAGAUCAUGUAAACUCUUUGGGCCUCAGUUUCCCAUCUAUAAAAAAAAGUUGGAGUAGAUGACCUUCAGGGUUAUUUCUAGCUCUAAAUUUUUGAUCCUCUGAUCUAUUUUCCAAAGCAAUGGAAAAAAACCAAAACAAAACAACAACUAAGAAGAGACUGUUACAGGCAUACUGACAGUAGAGAAAAACAAUAGCUGUCAGCAAGAGAGAAACUAUAAAAAGCAGCAAAAAGAAUGUUAAAAGUACAACAGUUCCAGACUAGUAAUCAGUAAAGAAGUUGUACAAGGACACUCUCAAGGUCUCUGAAGAACUGAUUUGGAAUUGAUUGUAAGACACAAGAGACAUUGCCACAGGACUGCUCAGCCUCAAAGAAGGUGCUGUGCAUGCUUUGUGAGCAAAGCAGAAUUGUAGUAGCUCAAAAGAAAUGUGAGAUGUGUGAAUUUAGAGGCAUCUCUGUGCCAAAUGUGCAUAUGGACCUAUGGGAGAGCCUUCUGAGCUCGUACUUGUCUGAUCAGCCACAGUGGAACACGCUGUAGCUUGACCCCAACACAGUGAUGUCAUUUUGGUCCUUUUUUUUGUGGGUCAGUGAGGGUUAAGUGACUUGCCCAGAGUCACAUAGCUAGUAAGUGUCAAGUGUCUGAAGUUGGAUUUGAACUCAGAUCCUCCUGAAUCAAAGGCAGGUGCUUUAUCCACUGUGCCACCUAGCUGCCCCCCCCCCAUUUUGGUCCUCUUUAAGCACAAAGGCCAACCAACCACUAAGCACAGUGCUGAAGACUUCAUGAAUUCCUAAACAUAUCACUUUAUUAUUGUACGAUACAAUAAGUUGAUAUGUAUAAUGAUUCUAAGAUAUGAAUAGGUUAGCCUUAGCACAUUCUGUUUAAGAAAACAAGAAGUUGUUGUACUUAAUAGAGACUUCUAUAAAAAUGGUUUAUAAACAGUUUUAGUGUUUGAGUGAUAAACCAAGGCUCUGGAAAGCUCAGUUGUCCAGAAUGAUUUUCUCCUUAAGGGUUCCAAAUCUGUGGUUCUUAUGUACAAGUGAGGUUCUUAAGUACAAAAAAAAAAAAAAACCCAAAAACUGGACAACAAUCAUAUGUACAAAACAUCACUACCUACCUAUUCUUAUUUUUCUUUCUCCAGGUUGUUUUAUAAUAAACAAUGAGAUAGUUGGGAGGAGGGAGAAUAUGGAUCUGUUUGACCAAUAAGGAAAGUAAUUUGCCAGACAACCUUAGAAAUAAAAGCUAAUUGCUCCAGGAAAAUUCUAUAGACAGAGAGUUUACAAAUCAGCUCCACAAGGAGUGAUAAGUUUAGAAUCUUUUUAGAAAGGUUGUCAGACUCAACCUAAAUUAAUUUUUUAUAAAAGUGUAUAUACAUAUAGGGAUUGUGUAUAUAGGCACUGUUUAAGAUCCUUUCUUUUUGCUAUAUAAAAUAUAAUCUGGCAGGGCAUCUUGAUAUUGUCAGGAUUCUUCUCAUAAUUCUCAAUAUAUAAAAAUAAUCCUUGGAUCUCUUGAAUGUGAUAGGUACUCUACAAUUAACAGAAUAUGUAGCCAGAGAAUUUAGAGCUGAAUGGGACUUCAGAGAUCAGCCAGUCCAAUUUCCUCAUUUGGCAGAUGAUGCAAAUGAGGAGAAGUGACUCAUCCACGGUCAAAUGAAAGACCCAGGAUUAGGUUGUUUGACUCUGAAUCCAGUAUUCUUUCCAUGACACUUUCAAUGUGGGGAGGUAAGAUUCAUACAAACUGGAAAAAAAAAAUGGAAUCUUAGUUCUAUGCUUUGAGUUGAAGAGUGGGACACAGUUUCUUAUGGAUUAUUCUGGAUUAGGUGGGGGUGAGGAGGAAGACAUCUGAAUAAAGGGAGAGAAUUGGUAGUAUGGCUUAUAUUUAUCAAACCCUUCUUCAUAACAAUCCAGGUAAUGAACAUAUUAUUAUCCCCAUACAACUGAGAAAAACAGGCUCCAAAUGGUUAAAGGAUUUGCCCAUGGAAGACUGAUAAGUGGUAGGGACAAGGCUGGAACAUAGUUUUCUGGACUCUAAAUGCAACACACUUUCCACCAUAACACUUUUACUUUCCACUGCCUGGGAGAAACACACCCCCCUCUCUUGGGGCUGGAUAAAAGAAAGGCUUCCUGGCUUUGCUAUGACUAAAUUCUAUCUCUAUUUUGAUAAAAUAUCAUGGAAUACUUUCAAAGAAUAUGAGUUAAACUUGGUGCUGCUCUGAGUUGGUUUCUAAGCAGACCAGGAAAGCUGAAGCAAACCCUCUGAAACCUCAUGUCUUGGCAAGCAAUGGCACCUUACUUCCUUGCACUGGCUUUUACAGUUACUCACAACCUGCUUCCAACCUCCAAUUCCUGCUUUGUCCCAUACUGUUCUGUUUCUUACAUUCUAUGUUCCAGACAAACCAGACCACUAGCUGUGAUCCCCCAACUCUUUCUGUGAUCUCCUACCUCUGCAUUUUUUGUACUGAUUCGCUGCCUUCAUGACCCAGCUCAGAUGUCAUUUCCAUGAAAUUUGCACCAGUGUUUUACCUCCUGACUCAAAUACUCACUACCUGUGUGAUCUUUGGCAAGUCACUUAAAUUCUCUGGGCUUCAGUUUCCUCACCUGCAAAAUGAGGAGGUUGGCCCAGGUAACCUCUGAGGUCCAGCUCUAGAACUAGCAUCCUAAUUUCCUAUGAUUGUCCCAGCUGAAAGUUAUCAAUCCCUCAGAUUUUCUUAGAGAACUUUUCUUUGUCAUAUUAUAUUGAAUUUUCCAUCACACUUAUUUGUGUGUAGCCUCUUCAUUAGAUCAUAAUUCUGUUCAGGUUGGUAGGGAUUUUUUUUUAAAUCUCUGUAUUUCAGGGUACAAAGCCUGGCAUAUGCUUAAUAAAUGUUUGUUUAAUUGUGCCACUGAAGUUUGAACCAGUAAAACAGUUUCAACUGUAACUUCCCAGGAAAGAAAUAAGACAGGACAGGAUAAGGUGUUAUGGAGUGGAAGGGGAAAGGAAAGCUGGUGAGUUUUUUGAAAGAGUAAGAAAUAGAAAAAAAGGGAGAAAUAUAUGAAUUAGUUUUAGCAAACCUUCUAGAAAGUGAAAUAUUACAGGAUGAUCACAUUGUACAUUUUAGUUUUGUCCUGUUAAUUUUGCUUAUUUGAAUAUCAUUUUUUUAACUUUAAAGUAUAUUUUAAAAAGGAGGAGAAUAUUUCUCCUAGGCAUUGGAAAACUCAAGGAGAAGCUGGUGGCUGCAAUUUUUUCAAUGAUCCUUGAAUCCUGGUGAAAGAAGGCUUAGGGCCUUACAAGUAAAGGAGUACCUUUGGUAGAAGACAGGUCCAGGAUUCUAGCAAGGGAAGUUGGCUCUCUGCUGUAUGGUCCGGCUGUAAUUCUUCAUAUGUGGAGGUUUGAUUGUCCCAUGCAGCAGUUAACCUUGAGCUAAGUAAAUUAAUCCUUUAAUUUCCUGUUCUAGGAAUACCAGUUGGACUUGAAAUGAUUGCCAGAAAAUGUUAUAGACACGUGUAUAGAUUUCUUAUUUUUCACUGUACAGAAAAUGUGGUAAAAAUUGUUUUGGUUGUUGGGAAUAGCCUAUGGUAUUAAAAAGAAUUCAGAGGACAAAAGGCUUGAAAUUCAAGAUGAAAAUCUCUUUUAGGAUAUUCAUCCUGCAAAAAAAAAUAGUCUCAUGACUGGUUCACUAUUUCAACAUUUUUAUUUUGAAUGAAAACACAGUGACAUGCUUGCCAAAUUUACAGAUGAUACAAUGCUGGAAAGGAUAUUCAAUGUCCUCUUUUUAUACUCUUUUUUCCUUGGUGAUUUUACUGUGGGUUCAAAGAUUAUUUUUUAUAAAUAUAACUCCCAUAUCUCUAUAUCUAGCUUAAGUCUCUUCUGAACUCUAGUUCCAACUCACUAGUUAUUUGCUAGACAUCUUACCUUUAUGACUUGUAGCAACUUUGAAAGGCAGCACUGAAUAAUGGCUAGUCUGUAGAUUUGGGAAGAUGUGGGUUCAAAUCUCACCUUAGACACUUAUUAGCUAUGUGACCAAAGGCAAGCCACUUAUCUUCCCUGAGCCGUUUUCUUGAAUGUAAAAUGGGUAUAAUCUUGUAAGGCCUACUUCUCAUGGUUGUUGGGAAAAUCAAAUGAAUAUGUAUAUAAGUUGCUUUGUAAACAUUAAAGUGCUAUAAAAAUGUCA